AUGGUGCGUGAGUGGUUGAAGGAAGAUUCCCCAAGUUUUGACUACGGCGGGUUUGUUGUCGGGGAGAAAGAGGAAGAGGCCGUCCUUCUUUUAAAAAGCCCCGGCGUCUUAGCAGGCGCACCAUUCGUGGAAGCUGUGUUCAAAGAGUUAAACUGUGAAGUAGAGUGGUUGGUCACGGAAGGGACGUUUUUGGAAUCGGUGAGGACUGUAGCGAAAAUCACAGGAAAUCCGGCGGUUGUUGUUGGUGAGCGAGUAGCUCUAAACUGCAUUAUGAGAUGUAGUGGUGUAGCGACGGUGGCCAGGCGCCUAUGCCAGGCGGCUAAAAAGGCCGGUUGGGGCGGGGAGGUCGCCGGAACCCGCAAAACCACCCCCGGAUUCAGACUUGUGGAGAAGUACGCCCUGUUAGUUGGCGGCAUUUCCACCCACCGCUUCGAUCUGUCAUCCAUGAUCAUGUUAAAAGAUAAUCAUAUAUGGGUGGCAGGUAAUAUUGAACAGGCUGUGAAGGAUGCCCGGGUUGUGGGAGGGUUCUCCACAAAGAUUGAGGUGGAAUGUAGGAGUGUGGAGGAGGCCCAGGAAGCAGCACAGGCUGGAGCUGAAGUCGUCAUGCUGGACAACUUUGAACCUGCUGUAAGAUUACAUGCAUUAAGGCCAGCGGCGAAGUCUGCAUCCAGCAUUCUGAAGGAGAAAUUCCCCAGCUUGACCAUAGAGGCCAGUGGAGGGAUCACAGAGGACAAUAUCCUUCAGUAUUUUGACCAAAACAUUGAUGUGGUGUCACUGAGCAAGCUUACCCAGGGUUAUGAGGCUCUGGACUUCUCCAUGAAAAUCCUCAAAGACGGCCGUGAUCCCAGAAACUUACCUGUAAAAUCAGAAGAUGUUUCCAAGAAACAAAAUUCUGUUUGAUGGUAAUUUCUAGGUAUAAACUUUGUCUCGUGUGUUUUCUUCUAAAGAAAGUGUGAUAAUGGUGUGCUCAACAGUGUUUUCAUAGCAAUAAGGCAUUCAUGAGUUUUGUGUUUGUUUUUGAUCAGUGGUGGAAAAUUUGUGAUGAUUUUGUGAUGAACACAGCACCAGCCUCCUUCAGAGUGGCAUGCCACUAACUCACUACCACAUGUAGCCAAGAGUAGCAGGCUUCUGGCUGUCCGCA